UAACUCCCGGGCGAUUCUGUCGGCCGCUGUUGGCCGGUCGCCGGCUGCUCAAGCGUACAUAGCCCGAUAUACCGGGUCGGUAUCUGGUCACAUCACAUCACACCGUCUUUAUUUUUGACAAGCAGUUACAUCCGUCAUGUCGUGGAUACCGAGUGACGAUGAGUUUAGCGGUGGAGAGCCGGUUGAUUGGGAUGCCCGAGACCGAGGAUUCGCUCAAGGCGACGACGAGGGCCACGAGCACCAUCAGGGGGACGGUGACGAUGACGACGACGAUGAAGACGACCCUGACUAUCGUGAUGAGCCUGAUGAAGAUGACGAGUUCCAUGACGCAUUUGAUGAACAAGAUGAGAAUGACGGGGACGAUGACCACUUGGAGUACGGCUUCGGAGACUUCCGAUUUCAGAUCGUUAUUGAAGAUGGAGAGGCCGAACAAGAUGAGGCUGCUUUGAGGUUGAUUUCAUUAUUAAGAGGUAACAGCAUGCUUCUCUAACCAGCCGUGGCGUGCUGGCUCGCUCUACGCAGUUGCUAU